GUGGGAGGACUGAAUCUUGUAGUGAAAUUCAGAGACUCUCAGGGCCGAGGAAAUCAGUGUCAAUAAAAUGAAUCCAUUGACAUGAGUUUUUGGAUGAAGUCUUUUCUGUCGAAUCCAUCCGCAGUGGAAUUCCCCGUAGACUUCUUGUUUUGGGAUUGAAAUUGAAGCCAACAGAAGACACGCACAUCACUGACUUCCUGUGUCAGCUUUUCACACUAACUGUCAAAACUAGACCUAAAGCUUCUGACAGCUCCUCAGGCAGGACUCUACACAGACUAUAGAGGACAAGGACCAUUUCUGGAACACGUUGACGUGACUGAAAGAGAGGCUCACACUCCGUAAAGAUGAGGGGAGCUACAGAUUCAUCUGAUAAUUCUCUUGGAGGGCAGACAGGCGGCAUGACAGAGGAGAAAUGUCCCCAGCUGGUGGACUACUUUGUAGUGGCGGGUCUCGACCCUGCGGGGCCCUGGAGGCCCCUGGAUGAGGAUGGAAAGACCUCCACCUUCUCCUCCUCCUCGAGUUCCUCCUCCUCUUCGUCAUCUUCGUCGGGCCGGGCGGUGGAGCCGGUCACAGACCUGGCGGUGAUCGCCAAGGGGCUCGGGGAGGAAGUGCCGGAGGGCUUCACCUGCAUCGAGAGGACGCUGGGCGGACACUCGGCCGAGCUGAGCGCCGGCCUCAUCAACAACCCACACCUGUACCUGUGCUACCGCCGAGGACGAGACAAACCGCCCAUCCUGGACCUGGGGGCUCUGUAUGAGGGGAAGGAGCAGCUGAAGCAGGGCUGGUACGUCAUCGAGACCACUCCUUACAGCCGUUCGGCCAGUCUGAGCUCUGGCGGCGGCCCGACGGCUCACCGGGUGUUCCUGACCUACCGGCGGGCUCUGGACUCUCAGGGCCUCCACACGUUGGGCGUCACUGACAUCGCCCUGCUGAUACCCAGCAAGGGGGAGGUCGCCCCGCACACGUUCUGUCGCGUCGACAAGAACCUCAACACCGGCAUGUGGGGUCCUGCCCUGUAUGUGUGCUACAAGAGAGCCGUGGCCAAAGCCAACGCCCUGGUCUACGAAGCCAGUCUGAUCAGCCGGUACCCAGAGGAGGACCUGGAGGCGUUUCCUCUGCCGGAGUCGGUGCCGGUCUUCUGUCUGCCCAUGGGUGUCACCGUGGAGAGCUGGCCUCUAAACACAAAGUACCAGCUGCCCGUCUUCUCCACCUUCGUCCUCACAUCCGCCUCCGGGGACAAGGUUUACGGAGCAGCCAUCCAGUUCUACGAGUCCUUCCCCAGGGAGCUGCUGUCGGAGCGGCAGAGCGUGAGGCUCGGCCUGCUCAGCGUGGUCGACCGGCGGCCGAUCACCAACCGCAGCCUGCAGGUGAAGAAGAGCAUCUGCGUCCUCUCCCACUGGCCCUUCUUCACCGUCUUCCAGAAGUUUCUCACCUUUGUCUACAGAUACUCCAUCUCCGGCCCCCACGUCCUGCCACUCGAAAAACACAUCUCCAGCUUCAUGCACAACGUCCCGUUUCCUUCCCCUCAGCGGCCUCGCAUCCUCGUUCAGCUCUCUCCAUAUGACAACCUGCUGCUCUGCCAGCCGGUCUCCUCUCCUCUCCCACUCAGUGGUGCAAGCUUCCUGAAGCUGCUGCAGAACCUUGGCCCAGAAAACGCCUGCACGCUGCUGCUCGCUGUCCUCACCGAACACAAACUUCUGCUGCAUUCGCUCCGGCCCGACGUCCUCACCUCCGUCAGCGAGGCCCUCGUCUCGAUGAGUUUCCCCCUGCGCUGGCUCUGUCCCUACAUCCCUCUGUGUCCGCUGCAGAUGGCCGACGUGCUGCUGGCGCCGAUGCCCUUCAUCGUGGGCGUCCACUCCAGCUACUUCGACCUGUACGACCCCCCUACAGACGUGGUGUGUGUCGACCUGGACACCAACACCAUCUUCCAGUCAGAGGAUAAGAAGCCGCUCUCAUGGCGAUCGUUGCCCAGGAAGCAGGGCAAGACUCUGUUCAACACCCUCAGCAACCUCCACAAGACCCUGGAGAAGAUUUGCACACCCGGCCAGGAGGAGGCGACGCUGGAGUUCCUGCUGACCGACUACGAUCAGAUCUACAGGCGUCAGAAGCAGCUGGAGCUGGAGAUCCAGGAGGUGUUUCUGCGCUUCAUGAGCUGCCUGCUGCGAGGAUACCGCACCUUCCUGCUGCCCAUCACGCAGGCUCCGUCGGACACCACCACCGACUGCAGCUCCCUGUUCAACCUGCAGGGUUUCCUGAAGUCUCGGGAUCGAACGCAGCAGAAGUUUUACAACCAGCUGACGAGGACUCAGAUGUUCACUCAGUUUAUUGAGGAGUGCUCCUUCGUCAGCGACCGUCACGCCUGCCUGGAGUUCUUCGACGAGUGCGUCCAAAAGGUGGACGUGGAGAAGCCGGAGGAGGUGAGGCUGAUCGAUCUGGAUGAGACUCACAGUGGAGAACACACAGUCUUCAUCAUGCCUCCUGAAGAACCGCAGGAACCUGACGGGUCAGAGUGCCCUGCCCUCUACAGUUAUGAAACCUUCCCCACCUUGAAGCCGGAGCUCUUCGACCAGCCACAGGACCAGCUCCGUGUCCCCGCUAAAGGCAGCGCCCCCAGCAGCCCUGCCCCUCGACGCACAAAACAGGAGAUUAAGUUGGCCCAGAAGCGGGCUCAGAAGUACGCGGCGGUCCCGGACAUGUGGUCUAAGUGCCUGCUGGGUCACUGUUACGGCCUCUGGUUCAUCUACCUGCCCACCUUCGUUCGAGCGGAGAGCGCCAAGGUUCGCGCCCUGCACACGGCCUACGACGUCCUCAAACACAUGGAGAACCGCAAGGUGGUGCUGCCGGACGAGGUGUGUUACCGGAUCCUGAUGCAGUUGUGUGGACAGUACGGCCAGCCGGUCCUCGCUGUUCGAGUCCUGCUGGAGAUGAAGAAGGCGGGAAUCACACCAAACACCAUCACCUAUGGAUACUACAACAAGGCAGUGCUGGAGAGCAAGUGGCCCUCCACCAAUCAGGGCGGACGUCUCCGCUGGGCCAAGCUGAGGAAUGUCCUGUUGGCCGUGGCCCAGUUCAGGCAGCCAAUCAAACGGCGUCAGAAGAGCGGCUCGGUGGGGUCGCGGGGAGAAGCGACGAUGGACCCUGACCAGAGGCUCCGCCCCCACUCCACUCUGAUUCGUCAGUCCAGUUGGAGCGGUCUGUCUGAAAGCUCCAGCCACGAGUCACUGACCGGCCCACUGGUGAAGAGCAGCAGUCUGAACAGCAUGAAAACGUCCACCGACAAGGUCAAACUCUGUAAGAAGACUCUGUUCCGUAACACUGGGACCAACGGCUGCAGUGACACCGUCUCCCGUAAGCCCCCCCUGGGACUCAAAGGCACCUACACCCCGCCUCCAGCGCCCCCCGGUGCCGUCCUGGUUCGGCGGAGUCAGGUCUGCCUUUCCAACUUCUACAAAGAGUAUGCAGAGUCGGCCGACUCGGAGCCGGACUGUAGCUGUGAGCCUGCAGAGAGGGACGGCAGACCUGUGGGGGUGCGUGACACGGCCGGCAGAAACAAGGCCGUAGACGAGAACUACAACGACGUCUCUUCGCCGAGCCGAGGAGGUCUGGCAGGGAAACUCCAGCAGCUCCUCACGCCGACCAGACACCGCGUGUCGGUGCGACGAGCCGCCAGCGUGGACGACCGGCGGCCGGGAGGAGGAGGGAUUGGACGAAGAGUGUCUGACCAGAGACAGUCCAGAAAAGCUCAAGUGGCUGAAACACUGCUGAAAGCCAAGGACAGGCUGGUCAACGCUACCUCAGAGAGUUCCUUGUCUGUGGGAAGUGACCUCGACUUGACGGACAUCCCCAGUCCAGCGUAUCCUCUGCGCAGGUCCUGGGACGCCAAUCAGGAGGGGGCGGGGCUGGAGGUGUUGAUGUCCAGCUGCUCUCUGUGUCGCAGCUGUAACUCGUUGGUUUACGACGAGGAGAUCAUGGCCGGCUGGACGUCGGACGACUCCAACCUGAACUCGUCCUGCCCGUUCUGCUGCGCCUCCUUCGUCCCCUUCCUGAACGCUGAGAUCUGUGACCUGGGACCCGUCGGCAGCGCGGAGCGCAGCAACUGGAACUUGGAGGACGAGGUGGAGAGCGCGGUGAGGCCCCCCAGUGGUCACGAGGCCUCCCUGCGGCACCAGUGUAACGGUCUGAGUGAAGACUCCAGCUCUGAGACCAGCAGCUACUCAGAGAACAGCAGAACCACCACGGGUUCGUCGUUGGGUGGGGCUCCUCAGGUGACGGUGGCUUACCUGAGUCCCCUGGUUCUGAGGAAGGAGCUGGAGAGUCUGCUGGAGAACGAGGGCGAGGCGGUCCUGGCUCAGCCUCAGUUCCUGGACAGCCACUCCAUCAUCUUCUGGAACCUGGUCUGGUACUUCCAGCGCCUCUGUCUGCCCAGUAACCUGCUGCAGCUGGUCAGAGCCUCGCCACUGGUCAGCCAGUUCACACAGUCGGAGAGUUCAGCAGUGAGGGUGAGGCUCCUCUGGGACACCCUGACCCCCGACACAGACCAGUGGCCCCCCCUCUACAUCCUGUGGAGGAUCCACAGCGGCGUCCCGAUGAGAAGCUACAGCUGGCGGAGACACAACCACCCGUUCACCCUGUCCUUCCUGGAGGAGGUGCUGCGCUGGGUCGGCAUGAACGAGGUGCACAAAGCCGUCACGCUCUUCCUGGACACGCUGGCCAAACAGCCGGGAUCACCCCGAAUACAGAGGAGUUUGUACAGAGAGUUCCUCUUCCUCACACUGGCAGCUAUGGGCAAAGACCACGUCGCUGCGUUCGAUAAGAAGUACAAGGUGGCGUACUCUCGGCUCAGCAGUACUCUGGGUCGCGAGGAUCUCCGAAAGAAGCGAGCUCAGCCCCCCAGCCCCAAAGCCAUCGACUGCAGACGGAGCUUCCACCCGCCGCUCGAAUGCUGAUCGACCCGGGAACGAAACGUGCCACAUGCUGAUGACUCCUGCAGCAUUCAGCCCCUCGAGGGGGGAAACGACAAACCCAGGAUCCCUGCUGCCUUCACCUGCUUGUGUUCUUCACCUAUCUGCUGCCCCCUGGUGGAUGUCGGAGUGUCGCACUCCUUCCUGUCCUCUGUACCUCUGUCUGUCCCGUCGGUGUGAAACCCGCCGCUCUUUGUCUCCAUUAAAGAUCCUGAAAGUCGAUCAAGCAGCGGACGGAGCUGAGCUUGACCGAAGCGCUCGAACGGAAAUUCACGCUUUCCCCAACAAGCGUGAUCUAUGCAUCCGUCGUGUCUGUGACGUGCAGUCAUGCAUCGUCUGAAGCCGAUAAAAAGGGUUAGAAGCUCGGGUUUGUGCAUGUCCAGAGGGAUCAGCUGUGUUGGUGUAAAGCCCCCCCUCCCUCCCCGGUUUUAAAAAUACACAACCAGAUGAUAAAAACUGCUUACUGCUGCCGGGGAAGCUUCUGAGGACUGGACUUCAACUACAGAGUUACAGGGUGGCAGAUUCACGAGAUCACGUGAUCAAGAAGGACAUUUAGGAUUUUCUUAAGUAAAAGGUCAAAUGAGGAUGAAAAGGGCAGUGCCAGCAUUUAUAAAACACUCCAAACACGACCCGAAAAGAAGCUGCAGACUACGAGACGACUUCAACUCCUGGACGCUUGUUAUCAUUGCUUUAUCUGUGUGUUUGUCUGGUUGUAAGCGUGAUGGCAGUGUGCUUAGGUUUCUAAAAGGUAAUAAGGUCAGGAACCGAUGUCCGUGAUCAGGCAGUCAAAGAAAUGACCAGACAAGAUGCUAAGAUUCAGAAACUCCCUGAAACUUCAUCGGGAGCGCCGACGAUGUUCUCACUGCUCAGUGUCGAAAGUUUUGAAUCUGUCUCCAAAAUAAGUCAGAAUCCACCAAUCAUGCAACGCCUGAGGGAGCUCGAGGAAACAGCCAAACCGCCGGCAGAGAUUUUCAGACUCACGUCAAACCGCUGGUCAUCUGAUUGUCGGGAAUCGUCUGAAGGGCAAAGACGGCUUUCAUAUGAAACUACCACACAUGUUCAACUCACUCUGCCGUGACCGCAGUGGCCCGCCAACGUUGUGGACAGCGUUAAAGUAACAUCAGAAAGGCCCCGCUGUCGUCCCUCAAAUCAGGAGGCAAAGCCAAACAAGAAACGGAGGAGGCUUGUUUAGGAUCAUCCAGAACUCCAGCUCUCCGAAAGAGUCACUUCAGUUCCCCCCAAACCUUUGUUUAGAGGAUUCACCUUUUCCAGAACGAGAAGGGUCACCCUGCUGCAGUACUUCGGCUCCUGUUGGUCUCUUAAAGCAGUUGUUUCUAACCUUUUUCAGCUUCCGAGCCCUCAUCGCGGGUCGUCAGCAGUCCUCCAAACAUCCUGAAUUCUUUCAUUCGCACCAUUUUUACAGGCCAGAAGACAGAGAUCUAUUCCAGAGCCUCUGAAUUACCUACCGGCCACCGCUCUCGCGGUUUUCACUGACUCAGAAAGUUCUGUCGUUUGGGCUCAGUGACGACUGUUUUCCUGGUUGGAAAACCAGCUGAGCCAGUCAGAGCCUCGUAGGCAGGGCUAAGAACGGGAACGUCAUCUUCCUGUGACAGAGCAACAGAAACCACCAUUAAAAAGGUGACGGCGAGAUGAACGGAUGAGCUGUUUCCAGCCGUACAGGUUCGGUAAAGUCCAAUUACAGGCAUCAUUUUUCUUUAAUUGAAAUAUUUAGUCGCUCGUUAUUGCAGACAUCAGUUAACUGGUCCUGGCAGCUUCCGUGUCGACUGAAGAUUAAGUUGACGGGAAGGAUCUGUCACUCGCUACUGAUUGGUUAGAAGAAAUCAACCCCCCUGCCAAACAGGUGUC